CUGCUCCGAUGACUCGCGAUGCAGUGGGUCUGGUACUGGGCCUCAUUAUAGGCAUCCAGGUGACUGAGUACUGGAACUACAGCUAUUUGCAAACGACCAUUUUGGAAAGGAAAAGUCCGAAAGCAGGCAGUCAAGCUGUAGGACUCUUCAAUCGCACACGUGUCCUAUGUAUGGUUUUAACAGAUCCCUUGGACUAUGAUAAAAAUGAGGCCAAGGUGAAAUCUACAUGGGGAAGGCGAUGCAAUAAGCUUAUUUUUUGGAGGAAGAAAAAAGAGAAUAACACCUUUGCCACCGUUCGACAGGGAUUUAAAAACAUAUUUGAGAAACACUUUAACGGACACGAUUGGUUUCUUCGGGCAGAUACAGAUACCUUUGUGAUAAUGGAGAACUUACGACGCUUUCUCUACCGCUACGAUCCGGAAUCUUCGAUAUACUUUGGCCACCGUCUAAAAGCGGACUUUGCCCAAGGAUAUAUGUCCGGUGAUGCUGGAUAUGUCCUUAGCAGAGGAGCUCUACGGCGCCUGAAUCUAUUUGCCUUUAAGGACUCCAAUUUAUGCAGCCUUGACUUGAAUUCUUCUCUGAAAUCGGAGGAUUCGGGAAUGGGUCUGUGUCUGAAUACUGUAGGAGUGAUUGCAGGAGAGUCUCGCGAUGGCCUCGGGCAGGAACGCUUUCUCCCAGUAAUGCCGCAACAGAUUGGACCGGGAUGGACUAGGUGGAGAAAGUACUCGGGUUCGCUGUACUUUAACCCAACGUCCCGCGCCUGCUGCUCCAGUUCCCUGAUCUCCUUCCACCCGGCCAAUGAGAGUGCCUUUGACCUCUGGGAGUUCUUCCUGCACCGCCUAAGUGUUUUUGGCUACCCGAUGAGCCCGCUGAAGCUGCCGCCCCGCCUGGACUUCCGGGCCAUGCAUGCCCAGCUGCGAUAUUGGUCCCAGGUCGUGUCCGAUAACCACGGCUGACUUGUCUUAAUGUAAUUGCUACACCUUGAUAAAUAAACCAGGAGCCGGCAGGCGAUGAAGAUUUAUUCCGGCAAUAAGGCAGACAAUGGUUCGUCUUCUUCUCGACAGUGGCCUGUCCUGCGGAGUUGUUUUGGCCAUUUGUCAAAGGCGUUUGCUCCAGAAACAGAAUCCGGAAACCAUGGACCCCUGGAACCCUGCGCUUUAAAGCACAAUUUAUCAAAGGGGACGCGUGCCCUCUUUCCACGGGGGGAUUAGUGGAGAGAAUCGAGGGAAUCGAGAACCGGAAAAUCGAGUGAAACGUGCCAAACACGUGAAAAAUACC